GGAGCGCCAUGGCCGAGGCCUGGGCCGGCUUCUCGCAGGAGGAGCUGCGGCGGCUGCGGGGGCAGCGCCCAGAGCUGUACGAGCCCUCGGAGCUACAGCAGCAGCAGCAGCCUCGCCCCCACCCUGGGAACAAGCCUCGGAAGCAGUUGCAGCGGGAAAAAGCCCUCCAGCAGCAAUGCCAGAGGCUGGGACUGCAGGGUGGGGCAGCCCCUGUCACUCCGGAGCAGUUGCUCUCUGCACCAAAGCACAAGCCCUGUCACCCUCAGCAGCCAGUGACAACUCCUCAUCCUCCUCCUGCUGGAGGUCAAAGGCGAAGUGACAGCCAGGAUCAGCAGGAGGAGGUGACACCUUGCAAUGGCAGGGCCGGUGCCCAGCCCCGCCCUGCACAGCCCAGCACCCAAGUGGAGACAAAGAAAGUGGAAUUGCAGGAGAAAUCCCGAUGGGAAAUCCUCCAGCAGGAGCAGCGGCUGAUAGAGGAGAAGAAUAAGCGCAAGAAGGCUCUGCUGGCCAGAGCUAUUGCUGAGAGAUCCAAAAGAACUCAAGCUGAAACAGUGAAACUCAAAAGGAUUCAGAAGGAGCUGCAGGCUCUGGAUGACAUGGUGUCUGCUGACAUUGGCAUCCUGAGGAACCGCAUCGACCAGGCCAGCCUGGAAUACUCCCAUGCCCGGUAAGUGACGGACAGGGAGGAGGGAACAGGGAAUAGGGAAUAGCUCUGCCUGAGAGCAGGGAGAAAAUGCUGUUUCCUGUCACCAAAGCAGUAAUGAAGUCAUGUCAUUGUAAUAACGUGUAGUUAAAGCAGUCACAGUCUGGGGGGCUUUCAAACCUUGAGGUAAAAGAGUGCUUUUUAUUUCCUAAUUUUUCCCUUGGAGUCUGGAAACUGAAGCAGGUUUUCUGACUGCGGAGUGUGCUGUCAUGAGACGUGAGUAGUGCUUUAACUGUGCAGUUGUCCAUAAGCCCUGCUUUAUUGUUUCAAGGUUGUUUAUUUCUUCUCAGGGGGAAAGAGGUUUUCCUUGAAAAGUCCUAAAAUGAAAGUCCUUUUCAGGGAAACUCGCUUGUUGAUGACAGCUCUGGUCCUUUUGGAAUCAAUGGGACUAAUUAAGCUUAAAACAUGUAAUACUGCUGAAGUGCUUUUGGAACUAGGACCAAAAACUGAAGGGAAAAGCAAGCUUUCACCCUUCACAAUGUGCCUUUAAUCACUCUGGUUCUGAUGAGUUCCUUAAAUGCAAGAAAUUAAUUGGAAAACCCCAUUAGUUGUGGGUAAGCCACAACAUCAGUAGAUAAACAUCAGCAUGUUUGUGCAGCCAUUUCAUAAAACAGAAAUGUUUGGUUGCGGUUUUUGGUUCACAAUUCAAUGUGUUAAAUGUGCAUUUCUGCUCUUGACUUUUGCUAUACAUUGACCACAGGCCGAUAAACAUGAUAAUUAGUCUUUAAAAAAUAACAGUGGUAGCUAAAAAAAAAAAUUAACAUUUCUUUAGUGUAAUUAUAAUUCAAAAUAUCUAAGAUUAACUGUAGUUAGAGUGGCUGAUUGCAUAUGAAUACAGAAAUUCAUGUCCUCAAGUGGAAAAACAUUUCAGUGUUUCAUCUGGUUUCUGAAACCAUGACAUGUUCCUGAAAUUCUCCAUACCCAAGUUUUGUAAUAAUGUGUCUACUUGAAAUGCUUACUGGCAAAAGAGCACAGAACACGAAGGGCUCUGACAUUUGGAAAGCAGUUUUUGAUGACAAGAACAAAAGGAGGUGCUGGUAGGACAAGUGGAUAAAAUUUACCAAAUUCUUAAUGACUUUUAUGAACUGAGUCUUUUUGUGAGGGAGGGAUUUGGAAAUGCAAGUUAGAUACUUCCAGUGUUGUAGUUUUUAUGUAUUAUGAGCCAAAGCCAAUUUAGUUUUAAAUGGUGUCUUUUAAAGCAAAUUUUUAGUUCUCACCUUGUGUUUUAGGGCUAAAAUAAAAAUCACUUCGUUGGGUCAAAAAGCACAAUUUUUAAUAGUUCCUGAGCACAUACAUAGUUAGGGGCAUUUGACAAUUGCUAUGGAAUCGUAUUUUCAUAAAUAUGAUGUGAAUAAUUUGUGUAAAUUCAGCCCAAAGGUUUAACUGUGCAGAUGUUUCCAGCAUAGUAUUAUUAGUUUUUCCAUUUCAGGUGUCUGACCCAGAGAAAUCUUGACUUUCCUGAGAAUGUGAAUGGGCAUCUUCUGCCCACUGCAGACACAGCCUUUACAUCUGAGUCAAAGUUUUGUGAUGAUUACAUAAAAUAACAUAUUUGGGAAGGCUUUUCUAUGUCUUGUUUCCUUCUGUUUCACUAAGCAAAGGAUCCUGUCUUUCUGUUGCCUUGUUUAGACAGAUUCUGGUUUUAUAAAAGAGCUGGAUUCUUUAUUCAACCCCCUUCCUUCCAUUAGUUUUGUCAGUGCUCUGUCAGGUGCAUCCUGUAGCCUUCUUCAGGAACCUUUUCCUGAUGAGCAAGAUUGCAUCUAUCUUUCUGUUAAUUAGAAUGAAUACACUGAUUUACUGAUGCAGGGGUACAAGCAUCACUAAUGCAGACACCAGCCAUUAAAGUGCUGGAUGGUCUCUGUGUGUCAACCUCCCUAAGUAUUUAGAAUAUUUCCUUUUUGCUGUAUUUAUCAUGACAGGAAGUGCACAUUGGCAGGAGGUGAGUGUCGGGGGGAUGCUCGCAAUAAAAUUCUACAUCUGUCGCCACACGGAAGUUGUGAUCACUUUUGAUGUCACGUGCUGUGUCAGUCUGGGCUGCUCCUGAUUUUCUCAGCAUGUCUCUGGGUGGCCAGAAGAGCACACGAUCCCAGUGUCCAUGUGUAUCCACGCUGGGCUCCUUUGAGCAUCUGUAUCUGUUGGGGGGGUGGUUGGGUUAAAGGAGCCCCGAACUGCUGUGCAGUGUCUCGGUUCGCUGGGUGGGUGUUCCUUACAAGUGUCAAAACACUGCGAUUUCUGGUGAUUUCUUUCUGCAUCCUUUCAAACAGGCAGCAAAAGUGCAUGUUUGUGAUUCAAUGUAUAGAUUGCAGAUGAGCAAGUUAACUCUUGGAGUACACAGCAGCAGAGCCCAAAGUGUCCAGAGAAGUUUUGAUCAAUUCACACUUAUUUUCUUCCCUUUUGCUAACGGAGCAGUGUGUCAUGAACAGCUGGCGUAAUGCACGUUGCAUUUCAGGGGUAUUUGAAGUGUCUGUCCGUGUGUCAGACUGUGGAGUGCUUUGAGAAUUAACCCACUAGAAAUGAUGAUGAU